GUUUCCACUAUCGGUUCUAUCUUUAAAGUUAAUCAUUUGAUUGUGUAGAUAAUUUUCGAAAAUAAUUCAGAUAAAUCAAUAUGAUCAAAAUCGAUAAAAUGUUCAUGGAUAGAUUUAUCGAUUAACAUUUCCAUUUUAUGUCCUUUUUUACAAAAAAAAAUUCCAGAAGUGAUAGUAAGUUACAAUCUUCAGUUAGCUCAAUUCAAUCAAAAGUUGAAGAUGAAAAUUCCAUUGAACCAGAAAUGUUCAUAGAAUACCCAUCAAUCAAGGAAGAAACAUUGGCAUUUUGUGAAUUUAUUAAGAAUUUGGAUGGUUCAUCAAUCGACAAUCCGGAACCGACAACACUAGCAAGUUUAUUUGCUGGAACACAUGAAGCUCAACCCCCAGUAUCAACACCAAUUAAUGUUGUUGAAUUGAUUAAUUUACCAUAUGAAUUAAGACAUUCUAUUAAAGAACCACCAAAAUUACUCUGCGAUAAGCAUUCUUUGACUGAUUCAGAGAGUUUACCGCGUAUAACUAAGUCAAAUGCGGCUAAAAGGCAAGAAAAGAAUUUUGAAAGAUUACAUUAUGGCGCAUGGUAUAUUCCACCGAAACAAUGGAAAGUUAUCAAAGAUAAUGGUGCGAACACGAUAUACAAUAAAAGUGAAUUUGAAAAUGUUAAAACCCAAUCAUAUAAGGGACAAGUAGAAAGCUUAAAUGGGAAAAUGAAAGAGACACAUGGAUACGAUGCCUUUUUGGAAUUUAUACAGAAUAAAAAUAAACGUAUACCUAAGUUUAUGAAAUUGCAAUAAAGUAACCUGAAAAUUGUAAAUCGGUCGAAAAUCGUUUGUUUAGUUGGAAUUCUCUCAAUUUUCGAAACUGACCUAGUGUUUUUCAGCUUUAUUACUGAGAAGACCAAUGUUCAGAGCUUCCUUUCUAAUAAAGACAAACACUAUGUAUUCAAAACACUAACUUUUGUCAUCAAUUAAUCUAUCGGUUUUCUUAAAAGGCCUAAACCAAAAUUCCUACUUAACGUAGUUAUAAUAUAAUAUUCAGAAAU